CGUGGUUUGAAAAAAGCGCGAACUCAACGAGAUGUCUACGGAUGGAACUGCUGAUGGUCCCUUAGAAGCAGAUUCAAGUUGGAUAUCAUCAAAGACAUCAUUUAUGACAAUUUCUGAUCCCAGUGAUUCGUCUACACCAAAUGCAAAUUCUUCAUUAGAUGAAACAUUUGCUUCGAAUAAGUUUUCACCCAACUCUUUCGCAAAUUCAUCCCCAAAAUCUGACGGAAUAGAAGACAAUGACUAUGAUAACGGUGAUAAAGACGAAGAGGAAGAACAAGUGAAACACAAAAAGAAGACAGGAGUAACUUUAGUUUAUGCUCCGGAAAAACCAGCUAAUAUUUUCAAAUCCUCACAAAAUUCUAUUGUUACACCUCAACCAAAUCAAAAAGUGAUCAUAAUCCGACCAAACCAGGGUAACGAUAAUAAUGAUAGUGAAAAUAAUUCAUUAACUAAAGAAAAUGGUAUUGGGUCAACAACCGCUUCUUCGAUAGAUAAAAUUCUGUAUUCCAGUGAAGAAAACCUUUCUAAAUUAAAUGGUGAACAUGAUUUGAAACAGUUGAAUAAUUCCAACAGUGUCUUUUACAACAACUCUUUUGAUGAAUUUUCAUCGAAUAAUGGAAUAUCGGAUUAUAAGGAUAUAUCUGAUAAUAAUAAUAAUAAUAAUAAUAAUAAUAAUAAUAAUAAUAAUAAUAAUAAUAAUAAUAAUAAUAAUAGUAAUAAUAAUAAUCUAUCAAAUAAUGAUAGUAAGUAUGAUAAUUCCGGUAGUAUUCUAUCAACACCAACAGUACUCACUUCAUUGGAUAAUCAUAAUGAUUCAUCGGUUUUAUCUAUGGGAUCAAAGAGUUUAUCUAAAGAAAUUCUAAAUGAUGACGAUAAUACUAAUAAUAAUAACAGUAAUAAUAAUCAAUCUUAUGCUAACAGUACAAUUAGUUUUGAUGCAAACAAUGAUAUCACUGGUAUUGUUCUACAGAAUCAUGAAGAAAUUGCAAAAAAUACUUCAUCUAUUGAUCAAAAUGAAAAAUAUAUGUCAGCAUUAAAACCAGUUUUGUCUUCACCAUCUAAUCAUUUAAUUGAUUCAGAUCAAGAAUCCAAACUAUUAACUGAUAAUUCUUUUAUAAAGUCGAAUUUAAGUAAUAUAGCACAAAUGAAUUCUGAAUUGGAUGAUGAGGUUACCAAAACAGUUCUAAAUAUUAGCGAUCAAUAUAAGAAGACAGUAAAUAAGUUUGUUGAACAAUCAAUGCCGACUUAUUUGGAUCGUUGUUCACCAGCACAAAUUGUGGCUGUAACCGGUGGGGCACCACCAGAUAUAAUACGUAAUAUUGAAGAGGAUUUAGACGAAGAUAAUGAUAAUGUUAUUGAAGUACUUAAUACAGAUGUAGAACAUGAAGCCAAUCCCUCUGCUUCUUCAUCUACGAACCCUGGUAAUAUUGUUCGACAACGUGGUCAUCCUUCAGAGUCAUUAAAAUCCCCAAAGCCGGUAACUAUCAAUAUUGACUUACGAGUUGUUUCAAAACUAACUCCAAGUACUCCAGAAGAAGUAGAUGCUUCAUCAGAACUAGUUUUUAGCAAUUUUAUGAUAGAUCGUUAUAGAUUAGAAGUUUCUGCAUCAGCUCAAGCAUCUUCGUCUCAGUCUACUGCUUCUGCUUCAGCUUCAAUUCAUGUAACAGAUAUGGGUCAACAAGCUGAGUCUGAAGAUCCUGUAAGCCACCAACUUUCAUCUUUACCUCGUGCUGAACCACACAGUGUCGAAGCAAUAGUUGCCCGUAAUUUAGCCGAAAUCGGUGAUGAAAUCAAUCGUAUCUAUGGACCGAGAUUAGACAGAAUGAUUAAAUUACUACCAGUGGAGGAAUGUCCAUUAGAAAUGUUUUAUAAUGUCGCCCGUGUGCUAUUUGCUCGUGGUCCAACUAACUGGGGUCAAGUAAUCACUUUGUUCUAUUUUGGUUAUCGGUUAGUAGUACAACGAGUUAAAAAAGGUGUUACCAACGCAUUUUAUCAAGUAUGUCGAUGUCUAGUCAGUUUUUGUCGACAAAUCAAUAUUUUCGUGUGGAUAGCUCAACAAGGAGGAUGGCGAAUUCUUCAAUUUCUACAAUCUCAUAGAACAUAUGAUGAUAAAAAUAUAAACACAAAGAAUCAUUCAACACCAUCAAAUAUGAUUUCUCAUACUGAUGAAAAUGACCAACAAAAUACAUCGUUAAAUGAUCAUAAUACUAAUAAUCCAUUAUUUGAUCAUUCUAAUUAUGAUUCUAGUUUAUUUAUUCCAUUCAUUUUGACUAGUACUAGUGUUGUUGUGAUAGCUGUUGCUGUUUGGUUUUACUUACGUCGUUUAAAAUAAUAAAAAGGGUUGUGUUUUUUUUUUGCAUGAAUUUAUGCAUUAAGAACAAGUUCAUUUCACUUUGUACUUAUACAUAUAACUUGUUAGCUCCCCCUCUCUCUCCAAUAUUGUUUUCUUUCUCUUUUUUUUUUAAAAGAAAUUAUUUUAAAGACUAACCUCACCCCCUUUUUAAACUGAGUCGGGGUUGUUUUUUUUUUAGUCACCAAUCAUUGCCUAUAUAUUGUAGAAUUCAGUAUUUGUUCCCUAUUUUUAUUUUAGUUAAACAAAGAAAAGAGGAAAAAAGUUGUUAUGAUGAUUACAUUUCUCUUCAUAUUGUUAAUUUACUCAUCAUUCAUCAAAAUAUAUAGUCUAUUG